AAAUACCAGUGCUAGACAUACCAGUGCCAGUAGUUUGUUUAAACAUACUGUAGAUAAAAAAAUAAUAAUAGCAAGAGUUUAUUGUGUUUAACAUUUCAUUACAAUUAUAAUAUAUUUUAUAUUUUUAAAAGAAAAAAUAUUAUAAUAUAAUAAAAUAUUUUUUUAGUUAAAUAAAUAAUGGCCGUCAAUCGUAAUCCAGAAAUCAAAUAUACCCAGAUCUUCAUCAACAAUGAAUGGGUUAACUCGGUUAGCGGUAAAACAUUUGAAACGGUAAACCCGGUGACYGGCGAAGUGAUCACUCRGGUCCAGGAGGGCGACAAAGCCGACAUCGAAAAGGCUGUCAAAGCCGCCCGACUGGCCUUYAAAAGGGGAUCCGUUUGGCGUACUAUCGAUGCCUCAGAAAGAGGACGACUGUUGUACCGAUUGGCCGAUCUUAUCGAAAGAGAUGCCGACUAUUUAGCCUCAUUGGAGACACUGGACAAUGGAAAGCCCUAUACAAAUGCUGUCGGCGACAUUCAGGGUGCUCUGGGACAGCUCCGAUACUAUGCCGGUUGGGCUGAUAAAGUACACGGCAAAGUAGUACCGGCCGAUGGCCAAGUAUUUGCCUUUACCCGAGUCGAGCCAAUUGGUGUUUGCGGUCAAAUCAUACCCUGGAAUUUCCCGGUAUUUUUAUUGGCCGGCAAAUUGGGACCCGCAUUGGCCACCGGUAACGUUGUUGUUGUCAAACCCGCCGAACAGACACCAUUGACGGCCCUAUAUGUAGCCAAUUUGGUCAAAGAGGCCGGUUUCCCGCCUGGCGUAGUCAACGUUGUCCCCGGUUAUGGCCAUACAGCCGGUGCCGCCCUGUCCGAGCAUCUGGAUGUCGACAAAAUAGCUUUUACCGGAUCGACCGAAGUCGGCAAACUUAUUCAGAUAGCUUCUGGCAAAUCAAACGGCAAACGAGUGACACUGGAAACGGGCGGCAAAUCGCCGCUCAUUGUCUUUGACGACGCCAACAUCGAUGAGGCCGUACUCGUAGCGCACGAAACAGUGUUUGUUAACCAAGGACAGACAUGUUGUGCGGCCACCCGUUUGUUUGUCCAGGACACCAUCUACGAUAAGUUUGUCGAAAAAUCGGUAGAGUUGGCCAAAAAACGACAACUGGGCGAUCCAUACGAGUCGACUACACAACAGGGACCGCAAAUCGAUGACAAACAAUUUGCUAAAGUACUUAAACUGAUUGAUACCGGUGUCCAGGAGGGUGCAAAACUGUUGGCCGGUGGCAAACGAUGGGGUACCCGGGGUUACUAUGUCGAGCCAACUGUUUUUGCUGACGUAAAGGACAGCCAUACCAUAGCCAAGGAGGAAAUCUUCGGACCGGUUCAGUCCAUAUUGAAGUUUAAAACAUUGGAUGAAGUGGUCGAUAGAGCCAACGAUACGACCUACGGUUUGGCUGCCGGUGCAUUUACCAAUGAUGUCAACAAAGCAUUGAAACUGUUUCAGUCGCUUGAAUCGGGAAACGUUUGGAUCAAUACGUUUUUGGCGGUCAAACCGCAGACACCGUUUGGCGGUUACAAACAAUCGGGUUUUGGCCGCGAGUUUGGCGAAGACGGACUACACGAGUAUCUCGAAAUCAAAUCGGUUGUCUUCAAAGUGGAUGAGAAAAACUCGUAAUUUAAAAAAAAAAUUAUCAGAAAACAAAAUAAUUGAUAAUUAUUUUAUUUUUAACAUAAAAUUGUUUAUUAUUUAAUAAUUUGAAAUCAAUUUUGUUUUUUUUGUCAAAUCAUUGUAAUGAAUGGUGAAUCAAUAAAUUCUUGAUAUUUUAA